AUGACGAAGCUCUCCUCUCACGCGUUCGCGUCGUCGCUAGCCCGCCAGGUCGCUCGUCUCUACGCAGCGUCAUCGCUCCCGGCAGAAGCCGCGUCGGCGGGUGUGACGCCGGGUGCGGCGGCGGGUGCGGCGGCGGCGGCGGCAUCGCGCAUUCCCAAGCAGCAGACGCUCCGCGCCACGGCGGCGACUUUUCACUGGAACGAGGCGCCACAGCAGCAGCGGCAGCAGCAUUCGUUCACUCGCAUCAGCGCGACGAGCAGCCUCACCACCACUCGGGGCGUCGCAUCGGAUGCUGCGGCGCAGAAAACGGCGAUCGGGGCAGCGGCGGCGGCAGCGCCGACGAAGGAGUGGCAUCUGGUGCCGCUGGGGUACCGGCCCGCGCACGCCGUGGCGCUGCAGGAGCACAUCGAGGAGAUGUGGGAGUCACGCGCCGGGCGGGAGGCGCGCCACGUGGCGGGGGAGGGAGUGGAAGGGAGGAAGAGGAGAGGCGAGGGCGCGGAGGAGAGCGGCAAGGAGGGGGAGCGGUGCGAGCUGGAGGCGCUGAACUGGGUGUUUAGUCAGCUGCCCGUGUCCGUGUUCCCCUGCCAGCAUAAAGCGCCCAUCUAUCGGACGCUCUGCGCAUGCUCCAGCAUGCGGGCCUCACAGCAGCGCCAUUCAGGGCCGUUGCUCGAGAUUCCCUCCAACGCCCCUCUGUCGGACGCUCUGCGCAUGCUCCAGAGGGCGGGCUUCACAGCAGCGCCAGUCAGGGACGUGGGGUUGGGGCACGACACGACUCACAACUUCCCUCUUUGUUCUCCUGCCCUUCUUUGCCCUUACCUCUCCUUCCCCCUCUUUCGCCCUUCUUUCCUCUCCUUUUCUUGUUUCUCUCCUUCCCUUGCUCGAGAUUCCCUCCAACGCCCGUCUGUCGGACGCGCUUCGUUUACUCCAGCAUGCGGGCUUCACAGCAGCUCCAGUCAGGGACGUGGCGGUGGGGGACGACGCACCUUUCAACCUUUUCUCAUCUUCCCCCUUGUCUCACUGCCCUCCCCUUCUCUUCCCUGCUCUUCCUGCUUCUCCCCCCCAGUGCUCGAGAUCCCCUCCAAUGCCCGUCUGUCGGACGCCCUUCGUCUGCUCCAGCAUGCGGCCCUCACAGCAGCGCCAGUCAGGGACGUGGCGGUGGGGGAUGAUGCUCCUCUGCAGCAGCGCUACCUGGGCAUGGUGGAUGGCGGGGGGAUCGUGCUGUGGGUCCUGGGGCAGGUGGGUGGGGGGGUUGAUGGGUUAGGAGAGGGUCAACCCGGCCCUCACAGCAGCGCCAGUCAAGGAAGUGGGGGUGGGGAACGACGCCCAGCCCAGCGGUACCUGGGCAUGGUGGAUGGUGCUGGCAUCGUGCUUGGCGGAUGGUGGCAGCAACAGCAGCAGCAGGGGGCGGGGCUGGCAGGACUGGCGGUGGCAGCAGCUGGGGGUGCUCAUGGGGGUGCUUUUCCGCCUCAUUCAAUACCUUUUCCGAUCCUCGUCCAUCCCCCCCUCUCCAUCCCCCCUCCAUUUUUUCCGCAGCUCGACCAUUCAUCCAAGGUACGCAUGGCAGCAGCAGCAGGGGGAGGGCUGGCAGGAAUGGCAGUGGCAGGGCUGGGAGCAGCAGCACUGGGCGCUCCAGAUGCUACAAGCUGGUUCUUCCAAUGCCCUCCCCCUGCCCCCACCCACCCAUUCCCAAUGCCUUUCUUUUGUUCUGACUCCCCUGCCCCCCCCCCCCCCCCCUCCCUUUCCCAAUGCCUUGUCCACCACCCUCCUUCCUUCCUUCCCCAGCUUGAUAGAUCUUCUGCAGAAAUCCGUGUGGCGGCAGCAGCAGGGGGGGGGCUGGCGGGACUGGCACUGGCAGGGUUGGGCGCAGCAGCACUGGGCGCGCCAGAUGCUGCCACGUUGGCAGCCAUGUGGGCAGGAUCGAUGGCUGGAGGGCUGCUUGGCGCCACGUCAGCAGAGGCCCCGGGGGAGGAGGAGGCGGGGGGAGGGGUGGAGCGAGUGAGAGUGUCGGUUGGGGGGCUUGAUAGGUUGCUGCAAGGAAAUGUGUUUCAAGCCGCUAAGCCUACGUCAGCAGGCUCGGGGUCAGCUGUGGUGCCGAGCCUGUCAGCUCUGGUGUCGCAGGCAGAUGUGGUGAAUUUCCUGGCGGAGUGUGACGGGCAGCCGUGGUUUGAAUGGGUGGCGGGGAGGAGGCUGAAAGACAUGGGGCUGCCAAGAAUGGGUGCAGGAUCGACUGUCAAGGUGGAGGAGUCGGACCCAGUAAUGGAGCCGUUCCGUCUAAUGCUGCAGCAUGACAUCGGCAAAGUGCCCGUGGUGGCACUGGGGACCAGUCGUAUCACGGCAAAUGUCAGCGCGAGGGACGUUCUGCAGCUGCUGACGUCACCGCACCUUGCAGAGCAACACCACCUCAAGCCGCUCACAGUGGCGGAUCUGGUGCACGGUGCGCAGUGCCCGCACCUCCCCACCACUCCCCCCCCCUUGCAUUCCAUCCCCCCCCCCCCUCCCCCCCCUCCCCCCUUACACCUUCCCCCCUUCCCUCCCCCAGGCCACUCACAGUGGCGGAUCUGGUGCACGAUGCACAGCAACCUCUGCCCCCAGAUUCCAUCUUCUCCCCCUCCCCCCUCCUCCUCCCCCAGGCCGCUCACUGUGGCAGACUUGGUGCACGAAGCGUUAGCAGCUGAAACAAUGCUCAUUGUGGUCCUCUCGUCCGCCCCCUCCCUAACCUCUAUCUACCUAUACUCCCUCUGCCCUCCCUUCCAUAUGUUCAUCCCCAUACCCAACAUCCACCGCCACCCCAUUCAUCUCGCCAUGCUAUGCCCCUUCAUCCCAUCAUGCUAUGCCCCUUCAUCCCAUCAUGCUAUGCCCCUUCAUCCCAUCAUGCUAUGCCCCUUCAUCCCAUCAUGCUAUGCCCCUUCAUCCCAUCAUGCUAUGCCCCUUCAUCCCAUCAUGCUAUGCCCCUUCAUCCCAUCAUGCUAUGCCCCUUCAUCCCAUCAUGCUAUGCCCCUUCAUCCCAUCAUGCUAUGCCCCUUCAUCCCAUCAUGCUAUGCCCCUUCAUCCCAUCAUGCUAUGCCCCUUCAUCCCAUCAUGCUAUGCCCCUUCAUCCCAUCAUGCUAUGCCCCUUCAUCCCAUCAUGCUAUGCCCCUUCAUCCCAUCAUGCUAUGCCCCUUCAUCCCAUCAUGCUAUGCCCCUUCAUCCCAUCAUGCUAUGCCCCUUCAUCCCAUCAUGCUAUGUAUGCCCCUUCAUCCCAUCAUGCUAUGUAUGCCCCUUCAUCCCAUCAUGCUAUGUAUGCCCCUUCAUCCCAUCAUGCUAUGCCCCUUCAUCCCAUCAUGCUAUGCCCCUUCAUCCCAUCAUGCUAUGUAUGCCCCUUCAUCCCAUCAUGCUAUGCCCCUUCAUCCCAUCAUGCUAUGCCCCUUCAUCCCAUCAUGCUAUGCCCCUUCAUCCCAUCAUGCUACGCCCCUUCAUCCCACCAUGCUAUGCCCCUUCAUCCCACCAUGCUAUGCCCUUCAUCCCACCAUGCUAUGCCCUUCGUCCCGCCAUGCUAUGCCCUUCGUCCCGCCAUGCUAUGCCCUUCAUCCCACCAUGCUAUGCCCUUCAUCCCACCAUGCUGUGCCCUUCAUCACCCCAUGCAUGCGCCGAGCGUCUCUCCCCCUCCCACAUCCUCCUCCUGCCCGCCUUUACCUUCCCCUUUGCUCCCCCACCAUCUCACCGUUGCCAUCGCACCCUCAGGCACAACUUCUCCCUCCUUCUCUCCUACAUCACCCAAUCUUCCCCUUCCAUGCCCCUAUCACCCUCCUCUGCUGCUCAUACAUAUUUUCCCCCUGUUCCCUCUCCCCCUCCCCCCUACCUCCCCGCAGCUGCUCCCAGCAGCCGUCUCACACUGGUGGCAUGGCGUGGAGGGAGUGUGAGUCAGGGGAGGAGAUGCAUGGGGCACCGUCAGAACCAGGAUGGCCGCAUUGGUCAUGA